UUCACGCAUGCGCACAUUUUUACUCCUGCCAGCUCUCAAAUCUUUGUUCGUAGUCUUGAAAGACGGGUAUUUUUCUGUUGAAUGCCAACUUGAGGUGUAGUUGUAUUUAUUCACUUAGUUCUCUUUGGCAUGCAUGAAUGCUAGAGUGUUGGGGAGAGUCUGUGUCCGUCCAUGCGUCCCAGAGAGUUGUAGCUACUGAAGCUAUUGCUGGAGGAAACGGACUAUGUCGACAAAUAAAACAAAGAAGGUAAAAAUGGCUACGAAAGCUUGUCCUGAAUGCGACCAGCAGAUUCCAGUUGCUUGCAAGUCUUGCCCCUGUGGUUUUGUGUUUAUUAGCAGAAAACUUCUAAACGCUAAGCUAAACGAGUGCCCGUCACCAGCCAUAGCAGACAUGCUGGACUUUAAGCGGAGAAGAACCGAGCGCAUUCGGAAAGAAAGGAUCGACUCUCCUUUAGGCAACGACAUGGAGAACCGGAGGAGACCCCGGACCAACAGCCAGUCAGACGCCAUCAGGAGAGGACGGGGGCGGCCCAAGACCGUCGGCCUGAAGAAACAAGACGACGACAAAGAGAAACAAGAAAAGGAGGUGGAUAUUUACGCCAGUCUCUCUGACGAGAAGGCCUUUGUGUUUUCUGUGGCCUUGGCUGAGAUCAACCGCAAGAUCCUGGGCCAGAGACUCAUCUUGUAGCUCCAAGUAACUGAAAGAACUAGACAAGAGGACACGAUGUCGUGGGACGACCAAAGAUCAGGAAGAAGCUGGACUCUGGACUGGAAGAGCUUCCAUCGCUUCAUGGAGAGAUAUUGAGAAAGAUAAAAGAUGUCACAUCUGUGUGGCAUUUUAAAAUCUACAUUUACACAUAUUUACUGUUUCUGGACAAACAAAAGUCAGAGUUGGGGGUUAUAACAGCAUAUAUAUUUAGUUUUGUCUAACUAUUAAAAACACCAUAAGUAUUUUGUCUUUUCUGAUGAUGAAACGUGUGAGUGUACGACCACACUCACAUACUGUGUUUAAAGGCCUUUUACGUGUAAUUAAUUUACUUUAGGAUGCUGAGAGAAUAAAGUUAAACCAUCUUGAAAUAAAUGCACUGCUAGGUUCCCUUUGCUUGUUUGUAGCCCUCAUCUUUGGGAAACAUGUAGGUUUUCUUAUCAACUAAGGUGAAAUGAAGCAUCUAUUGUUCAUAAUGAAGCCUGUCUUGUUCAGUUAUCUAGUCUGACGUAAUCUGGUUCUACUAGUGCUCUGGUUAGACUGUAAUCUGGUUCUACUAGUGCUCUGGUUAGACUGUAAUCUGGUUCUACUAGUGCUCUGGUUAGACUGUAAUCUGGUUCUACUAGUGCUCUGGUUAGACUGUAAUCUGGUUCUACUAGUGCUCUGGUUAGACUGUAAUCUGGUUCUACUAGUGCUCUGGUUAGACUGUAAUCUGGUUCUACUAGUGCUCUGGUUAGACUGUAAUCUGGUUCUACUAGUGCUCUGGUUAGACUGUAAUCUGGUUCUACUAGUGCUCUGGUUAGACUGUAAUCUGGUUCUACUAGUGCUCUGGUUAGACUGUAAUCUGGUUCUACUAGUGCUCUCGUUAGACUGUAAUCUGGUUCUACUAGUGCUCUCGUUAGACUGUAAUCUGGUUCUACUAGUGCUCUCGUUAGACUGUAAUCUGGUUCUACUAGUGCUCUCGUUAGACUGUAAUCUAAUGCUCUUUCUGUGGUUUUUCAACUUCCAUACAGAGAAAAGGUGUAAACCUGUUUCCAAGUGUGAAAUGCAUUCUCCGGGUCAAAGGUGAUGCAUGAACCCUGCAGCGUGAAAGAACCGAGGCUCAGGCUGGAACAACAAAUCUAUCAAUAACAUGCUGAGAAUGUUGGGGAUCAGCUAUUGAACAAUUGUUUGCAUGUUCUUUGAUAAACCACAAAAUUGCUGAGUUUUGUGAACGAGUUAGCAGCCUCUGAACCAGUUAUCUAGCUGUUGCUAUCCCAUUAUUAAAUGUCCCAUAUAGGUCCGGAUUAAGGUACAUGCAGUUUAAAAGUCCCAAUGAUGUCUUAUAUGAUCAGAAAUCCGAUAGAACUGCUGCAUGGAAACGUAGUGAGUGGUUCCCUGAUCAGUCCAGGGGCCAGAGCAUCCACGCAGCCCGCAGCAUGCUCUUUACUUCUGGAGCUCUUUACCCAGUAAACUAUCCAUCUAUUACGGAAGAGUAUCAGGGCCAGGCAGGAGAAAAAAUAUGGGAGAGGUUUUUAUUUAUUUAUUUUUAUUGUGCACUUCAAGAAAAAAUUCAAUGUCGAGAAAAAAGUCGAAAGAUCGAGAUUAAUGUUGAAAUACAAUUUCAAGAAUAAAGUUGAAAUUUUGUCUUUUCUCAACAUUUCCACUUUAUUCACGAAAUUUUGACUUUUUUCUUGACAUUUCAACUUUUUACUCGAAGUGCAUAAUGAAAAAAAAAAUCUUCCUCCUCUAAAAUAUUAUUUUAAUGUUUUUCCUGCCUGGCCCUGAGACGGUGGGCUACACCAUUUAGGGACUUAAAAGAUAAUAGUCUUUAGCUGCGUCCCAAAUCCCAUCCUUCCACCCUAAUGAGUAGCAAAAACAGUAUGUGAGAUUUUUUAGUGCGUCCAAAACAUUAGUACGUAAUCAAUAGUAUGUACUAUCCAUACUCAUUCUGGAGAAAUGUAUUAGUGUGGAUUGAUGGACACUAGCUGAGCAGAAACUUCCCACAAUGCAAUGCAGCGGUGUUUGGUUGCUAAGUGAUAACUAUAUGUCAUAAGUAUCAUAUUAAGUAUGAUAUUAUAUAAUAAUAUUAUAAUAUUGGUAUAUAAUAGUAUUAUAUAAUGUCAUCUUGUUUCGGCCAGAAUAAACGGGAAAGAGUGGAGCGGUGCUGCUACUGCUGCUGUUACCAUGGUAACAGUUGCUACUGUGACAGGACCAGUGGCGGCUGGUGAUAAAAAAUUUUGGGCGAGUGGGGAUUACAACACAACUAUAAACUCUACUUGAACAUACAUUUUUUUGCUAUUUUUUUAUUACAUAUCACUACAUACAUAUACUACAUAUACAUGUAGCAUAUUUUACAUAAACAUAUUUUCAAUUUUUCAAGUAACAACAUAAUAUAUUUGAACCAUUUUUCAGAUUUUUACAGUUAUUAUAUAGAGAUAUUGUCUGAAAAAUGGUUCAAAUAUGUUAUUUUGUUAUUUGAAAAUUUUUUAAUUUGUUUUGUUGAUGAGAAAAUAUGUUUCUCUAUUUUUCUUAUUUUUGUGAGGGGGGAUAUAUAUUGUUUUUCGGCACUACCUUGUUCUCUAUAGCUGAUAUAACAUGAAUUACUCCUAUGUGGGAUCAAUAAAGUUCUUAUUUUUGCCAUCUGAGAAAAUUAAAUAUAUUAUAUUUGGUG